AUGAGUAGCUUAGAAGCUGGUCCAUCUUCAUCAGCAAGGCAAAAAAAUAGAUUAUCGGGACCUGGUUCAACGAACGUUACCGAAGAGGCAGUAUAUGAGUAUGCCUUACGUGUCGCGUAUUUGGCACAUUUAACACAGCCAAAAGUUGCAAGAGCUAUACCCUCUUCAGUUACCCCUGUUAGACCUACUCUUGAUCCUGCAUUAAAGCGAGGCAGUGUUACAGGGAAAGAUCCAAAUAGAUCCAUCGAGUAUGUUAUUAGAGAUCACUUUUCAGCUUUUCAUGAUAUUUUCAAAGAUGAAAAAAAGUCGACAAAAAGUAAUAAAAUUCCUAAAGAGUUGGUUAAAAUAUUGAGAAAUAGACUUGGUGAUAUUACAAGUGGUAGGGAUCAAAACCCAAUUUUUUUGGAUCCUUAUUUACAGAGGGAUCUUAAAUUAUUUUAUCAGGCUUUACAACAGCCAGGUUUUCGUAAGCAAUUUAAAGAAAGUAAUUCUAAAAUUGAGGAUCUUGUUUUAAACUAUCUUAAGAUUGCUCAGGAGGAACUUAAACAAGCUCAAUUGCCUGCAGAUAUUACAUGGCAAGCUAAACUUCAAGAUCAUGUUAGUAUAUUUGUGGGUAUAUUAAAAGAAUGUCUUCAAACAAAAGAAUGCGCUUACUCAGUAACUCCUGAAAUGAUGGCACGGUUAGAGAUGUAUCAAUCAAAAAUGUCGGGUGGUCCAAAAACACCACAUACAACCACGAAUGGGGUUAGUAUGAAUGUUGAAGACAUGGAAAUGGUUAAAGUAGUUCAGGCAAUUUUCAAUAUUUCCCCUCAACAAAUUCAGAAAGAUAUUAAUUUACUAAGAAAAGAUUGUACUGAACAAGCUGCAUUAGAAGACCUUCGGAACAUUAUAAAUCAUGUAAAUCGUGGUGCAGCUUUCCCAGCUCGUAGAGAUGAUUUUGCUUCGGAUGAAGCUUAUAAUAACUGGAAAACAAUUGAGCUAAAACAAAUUUCCGAAAACAUGAAAGUAAUGAUCGCACUUAAUCCAGGCUUAGGUUUAGCUUCAAAAAAGACAGAAGUACGUGAGACACUUUUGUCAGGGGAUAAAAGAGUAUCAUUAUCAUCAAAUCCGCGACGACAAACGUUUACAGGGUCAAUGCAUCCUGAAACUAUGAAUGAUGCUUUCCGUCAAUAUGAAGCAACACGUUCAACUGAAUGUCAGGUGCGAGAGUCUUUUGUUUUCAUUCCGCCAAAUCCUCGUGGUUAUUACAAGUAUUUAAUAUACAAGUGUAUAAAUUACGAGUUAACACGCAUGUCACACGAAGAGGCUUCUAUUAAAAUCCUUUCAAAAAGUACUUUGGAUUUACUUAAUGAAUGUGGAUUGCGUUGGAGGGUCUCACCUGCGUUUAGAUGGUUGCAAUAUUUAGACAAUAUUAAGAGUCGAUAUGAUAGCUUCGAUUCUGAAACACAACCUCAGAUUAGUUUGGACCAUAUAAAAGAAGGGUUUCAUUUAUUACACGAUGCAAUUAGGAUACGGCCUAUAGAUACUUGGACAAUUUCCGAUAAAAGGGAGCUUAUUGAAGUAUUUUCGGGAAUUCAUGAUUCCUUAUUAAGAGAUCUGAAAAUGGGAUUAGCAUACUAUUACAAGAUCAAACCGUCAAGUUUUGAUCUAAAUUUUUUUUUGAUGCAAAUGAUUCACGAAAAUGAAUUAUUCAAAGAAAAAUACGCGAAUAUUCUAUCAUCUUUAUACAAUGAACAUAGGUCUUGUGUUAUUGAAACGGCCAUUAAGAAAUAUCAGGAAAAGAGAGACCAGAAUUAUGCACAAUCUGCUAAUGAGGUUCAUGCUCUAGUAUCUAUUGCUCAAUGGUUUCAACAAGAAUUAGAUAAAUUGCGAAUUAAAUUUCCAACGCCUUUAAUGAACCAAAUCGACGUUAUUGGUUUGGUAGUGAGAACACAAAUUCCUCUUUAUACUGCGGACAUGGAAAACGCAGCAACUGAAAUUUUGAAUAAAGUCAAAAUGACACCUGACGAAGGAAUUCCUGUUGAAGACAUUUUCGAUUUGUAUAGAGAAGUAAUUACUCUUAAACAAAUCUUUGCAGAGAUUUGUCAUGGUGAAACGUUUUCCUUUAAUAUUCAGGAAUGGUUUGGACCUCAUGUUCGUAAAUGGUUAGAAGCCAUGGAUGCUAAAACUCCAGAUUGGGUUUCUUCUGCCGUCAAAGUUGACAAAUUUCAAGCAGUUAGUUCUACAGAUACCCAUUCUUCUUCUGUAGUAGAUCUCUUCACAUCUUUUAACCAAACCAUUGACUUUCUUAAACGAUUAAAUUGGCCAAACGAGUAUCAAGCUGCUCGUUAUAUGACGAGCUUAUCUAGGACUAUCAGUAAAGCUUUAGAGCAAUAUUGUAAUGUCAUUGAAGACAAGUUUAAGGAAGACACGUUUCCACCAGAAGAAACAGGACAACAAGUAACAAAACAAUCGGCGUGGUAUGUAAGAACGAAAACUGCUAUAGCAACCGAUAAAGUCGCCCCUUUUGAUAUUAAACCUGAGUCUUGCAUUAAAAUUAACAAUAUCGAAGCGGCACAUGAACAGCUUGAUAAUCUGUAUACUUCGAUGGAUGUUGACUAUUUGGCUCAAGUUAUUCGUGAUUCAAAUCCCAUUCAGCCUGUUCCAGAAAAGGUGGAAAAAACUAACAGAUAUCUCUAUACAAUUAAAAUAGUUCAAGCAGAAAAUUUGCCUGCACUUGAUACCAAUGGCUAUAGUGAUCCAUACUGUAUACUUGCGGAUGAAAAAAACAGUACUUUAGCCCAGACACGUGUAAUAUAUGAAACGUUGAAUCCACGUUGGGAUGAAGCAUUCGAUAUUACCAUUGAAGAAACGGAUAAAAUGCGAUGGUUAGGCGUUACAGUUUGGGACAGAGACCAAGUUGGUUCUGAUGAUGUAUGCGGGAAAGCUUAUAUCAGACUAGAUCCCAAUUACUUUAAUGACUUCUUGGCACAUGAUGUGUGGCUAGAUUUAGAUCCACAUGGCAGAAUUUUAUUAAGAAUAAGUAUGGAGGGAGAAAAGGACGAUAUUCAAUUUUAUUUUGGAAAAGCGUUCAGAACAUUAAAACGUGCACAUGACGAUAUGGCAAGAAUAAUUGUUGAUAGAAUGUCUCCAUUUUUGAGACAAUGUUUAUCAAGAGAAGUCAUUAACAGACUUCUGAAACCCAAUUCAAAUGGUUUUACCAUAUUUAAACCAUCUGAUAAAGGAAAGAAAGUCGAAUUAUCAGAUUUAGAAAUUGAAGGAGCGAUUGACCCUCUCUUCGAUUAUUUUGAUACUAAUUUAAUGACACUCAAUAGCUUUUUACACCCUGCAGUGUUCACAAAGGUAAUGACUAAGGUAUGGAAAGAAAUAGAAUCUAUAAUUGAGGAACUGUUGGUGCCUCCAUUGUCUGAUCGGCCUUCAGAGAUGAAACCACUUAAUGAUACUGAAGUUGACACUGUAAUUAAAUGGCUUAAGUUCCUUCAUAAUUAUCUUCAUGCUGACGGGAACGGGUUAUCAAAAGAUGAAGUACUCGAAAAUCAAAAAUAUCUUCUUAUUCUUCAAAUAAGAUACUACUAUGAUAUGGAAACUGAAACCCUUAUGCAAGAAUAUCUUAGUAAUCAAAUUACAAAUACAUUAACACCGGUUAAAAAAUCAGCAAGCAUGAGUAAAUCAGUGCUUAAUUCACGUAACUUAGGGACAAUUAAAAAGCGAAAAACUCAAAAACGUAACAAUACUAAUCAAGAUAAUAGUGAAAUUAUCUUAAGAAUUUUAAGAAUGAGAUCCGGCACUAAAAAUUUCUUGAAACAACAAAUGGAAGAGCGAGCUAAAAGACAAGCUACUGCUUCUUCAGCUUUGGAAGAUGCACAAAAUGUCGAAACAUAG